AGUCCCUCCUCGCAAAUCCCAUGAUUGCCCGCCGCCUCAUCUGCACAAGCUUGGCACAUGCUCGACGCUCCAUGUCUUCUGGCUCGGGCCCUGCGCCCCAUUCUGGAAGCAACGACAACUCGUCGUUUUUUCAGUUGUUGGCAAUGUCUGGUGUGAUCGGUGUGUCUGUGUAUAUCUACCAAGAUCCUGACGUGUUGCCCGAACCGAUCCGCAAGUUUUUGCCCAUCAAAGGCGUCGAGGGAAAGAACAUGACACUGGAAGAGUACGAAGUGUGGCGUGCCAGUCAAUCGGUCCCGAGCGGUGCCCCUGCUAUCACGGGUGAAAAGAAAAAGGAAGCAGUCGUGGUUGUGACUGCAACUGAGCCAGACAUCGACCCCACUGAGGUCGUGUCACCGCAUACUACCACUCAAGAAACCGUGGAAUCCCUUACCCAAGCGCUGGAGCUCGCACGUGCCAAUGAAAGCACGUUCAUCGCUGAACUCAAGACCACAAAAGCUCCCCACUCGGACGAAGAUAAAGAAAUGUUGCAAGCGUUCCGCAAUGAAAAGGCUCGCAUUAAGAAGCAACUUAAGGCUCUAUCCGUGUGAGCAACAAAUCCAUCACGCUGUGCGUGAUCAAGUCAGGACUAUCCUGGUCACCGAUCAUCGACGUAGAGAAAGUUACGGUGGUUUCCAUGUUCAAGUUGAAAGCAAAAUGUUCGGCGGUGGAAAAUAUUGUCAUUUUCAUGACAUAAUCCAAGUUUUCACAAAUUCCCAUGAAGGAAUACGUGUCGUCAACAAAGUCGAAAUCUGUGCAAAAAGUGCAUAUUUACCUUCACUCCAUGAACGUAAGUUGAACCACUAUAUAUAAAUUGCAUAUGAAACAUGCAUUCUCAA